UAGACUUAAGAUGGGAACAACAAUACAGGGAGGGUUGGAGCUUUUAGGAAAGGAUUCUAAAAUUCUUCUAGGAAUUAGGAUUCUGCCUCUUAUGUGCCUCUCUCUUAGCUUCAGAUUUCUACCCUCUUCCUUCAGACGAGUUAUCACUAUCCCAGUCCAACACAGCAGGUCCUGCCUGGUCCAGCCUAUUUGUGUUCCCACAGGGCCUCCCUUCUGGGGCCUGGUGAACGCAGCUUGGAGUCUGUGCGCUGUGGGAAAGCGGCAGAGCCCGGUGGAUGUGGAGCUGAAGCGAGUUCUUUACGACCCUUUUCUGCCCCCGCUCAGACUCAGCACCGGGGGAGAAAAGCUCCGGGGAACCUUGUACAACACUGGCCGCCAUGUGUCCUUCCUGCCUGCAUCCCACCCUGUUGUCAACGUGUCUGGGGGUCCUCUUCUUUAUAGCCACCGACUCAGUGAACUGCGGUUGCUGUUUGGAGCUCGAGAUGGGACUGGCUCUGAACACCAGAUCAACCACCAGGGCUUCUCUGCUGAGGUGCAGCUGAUUCACUUCAACCAAGAACUCUAUGGGAAUCUCAGUGCUGCCUCGAGGGGCCCCAAUGGCCUGGCCAUCCUCAGCCUCUUUGUCAAUGUGGCUGGCAGCUCCAACUCAUUCCUCAGUCGCCUCCUCAACCGGGACACCAUCACCAGAAUCUCCUACAAGAAUGAUGCCUACUUUCUUCAAGACCUAAGCCUGGAGCUCCUGUUCCCAGAGUCCUUCGGCUUCAUCACCUAUCAGGGCUCUCUCAGCACCCCUCCCUGCUCUGAGACUGUCACCUGGAUCCUCAUCGACAGGGCUCUCAAUAUUACCUCCCUCCAGAUGCACUCCCUGAGACUCCUGAGCCAGAAUCCCCCCUCCCAGAUCUUCCAGAGCCUCAGUGGUAAUGGCCGGCCCCUGCAGCCCUUGGCCUAUAGAGCCCUGAGGGGCAACAGGGACCCCCGGCACCCCGAGAGGCGCUGUCGAGGCCCCAACUACCGCCUGCAUGGUAUGCUUAAUGUGUACUGUCCUCCAGGUCUUGAUACAGUCUGCACUUAUUCCCAGUGGUAUCCCUGUGUAACCCCUAUUUGUGCUUAGUAUAAGACGUGACACCCUGUUUUCCUUGCGGUACAAUUACAUACUGGCUUAUGCCUACUGUCACUUUCCAAGAUGGUACGGCCCAAGCCACCUGUUUACAAAUGGUAUGACCCUACUUAUGGCUAUAGUCUUGCCUUGGCUAUCCCCUUUCUCAAAAUCAACGUGGUACAAUCCCUCUGUUUUCCUUACUGCCACUCUGUGGUUCUGCCCCCGGAAAUUUUCUCAACAGGGUACAUGGUACAGUCCAGAUUCCCAUUUCCUCUUCAAGUACUACAACCUUUACGCAGACCGUCAGCCUAAUCUGCACGUUCCGUCUGACCUUCUUCCCUCCCUAUAUAGUCUGAGAAGCUAUUUUCCCCAACUUGGUAUAUUCCAGCCCUCGUUAGCAGCCAGAUUGUGGCAGAGCCUUCUGCGCUCAACCUCCCCACCACAAGCCGGCACCUUCUUUUGCAGUGGAUGCUGGUUCUCAUGGUCGCUGA